GGCGGGGGCGCGCGCGCCCGGGCGGAAGCGGAAGGGGCGGGGUUCCGCAGGCAGAGUUUCCAGCGCCGCUGCCGCAGUCGCCGCAGCUGCCGCGGGAGCCGGAGUGGGCUGGGCUGCUGAGGCAAGAUGGUGGACUACAGCGUGUGGGACCACAUCGAAGUAUCGGACGAUGAAGACGAGACGCACCCCAACAUCGACACAGCCAGCCUCUUCCGCUGGCGGCACCAGGCCCGGGUCGAGCGCAUGGAGCAGUUCCAGAAGGAGAAGGAGGAGCUGGACAGGGGCUGCCGCGAGUGCAAGCGCAAGGUGGCGGAGUGCCAGCGGAAGCUGAAGGAGCUGGAGGUGGCCGAGGGCACAGGCAGCCAGGUAGAGCUGGAGCGGCUGCAGGCCGAGGCGCAGCAGCUGCGCAAGGAGGAAAGGAGCUGGGAGCAGAAGCUGGAGGAGAUGCGCAAGAAGGAGAAGAGCAUGCCCUGGAACGUGGACACGCUCAGCAAGGACGGCUUCAGCAAGAGCAUGGUCAACAUCAAGCCAGAGCAGGCGGACGAGGACUCAGAGGAGGCAAGGGAGCAGAAACACAAAACCUUUGUGGAGAAGUAUGAGAAACAGAUCAAGCACUUUGGCAUGCUCCGCCGCUGGGACGACAGCCAGAAAUACCUGUCAGACAAUGCCCACCUGGUGUGCGAAGAGACGGCCAACUACCUGGUCAUCUGGUGCAUUGACCUAGAGGUGGAGGAGAAAUGUGCACUCAUGGAGCAGGUGGCCCACCAGACCAUCGUCAUGCAGUUCAUCCUGGAGCUGGCCAAGAGCCUGAAAGUAGAUCCCCGUGCCUGCUUCAGGCAGUUCUUCACAAAGAUUAAGACAGCUGACCGCCAGUACAUGGAGGGCUUCAACGACGAGCUGGAGGCCUUCAAGGAGCGCGUGCGGGGCCGUGCCAAGCUGCGCAUCGAGAAGGCCAUGAAAGAGUACGAGGAGGAGGAGCGCAAGAAGAGGCUUGGCCCCGGCGGCCUGGACCCUGUUGAGGUCUACGAGUCUCUCCCUGAGGAGCUACAGAAAUGCUUUGACGUGAAGGACGUGCAAAUGCUACAAGACGCCAUCAGCAAGAUGGACCCCACCGACGCGAAGUACCACAUGCAGCGAUGCAUCGACUCCGGCCUCUGGGUCCCCAACUCCAAGUCCAGCGAGGCCAAGGAGAGGGAGGAGGCAGGGCCUGCGGAUCCCUUGCUGGAAGCCGACCCCAAGCCAGGGGAUGAGAAGGAUGUCAGCGCGUGACCCACCCCAGCCGCCGCCCGCCUGCCUGCAGGCCCCUGCGUUCCCCUUUUCAGAAAACAAAAAUAGACACCAUCUCCCCAGCUCCUGGUUUCCUCCACUUUCGCUGCUCCCCCAGCCCUGGAGGGAGGGGGCUGCCCUCCCCUCCCUCAUUCUCCACCGCCCCCAGCUCUCAUCCAAGUCUCUGCUUUGAGUCAAGGGGCUUCACUGCCUGCAGCCCCCCAUCAGCACUAUGCCAAAGGCCCGGGGGUCCAGGGAGGGGCAGAGGUCACCAGGCCGCCUGUGGGGGGGGUGGGUCCCCAGCCGAGGGCCUGCUCCAGUCACUGUGGGCUCUGUUCACUGUUGGUCUGCUGUCAAGUCUUCUAUUUAGUAAACAGCGAUGAUCUUCAAAUAAAGGAUUUCAGAUGCUA